AUGAAUCUGGCACAACGUGUACCCCCCAUGACAGCCAACAUUGGCCAGGCGUGUUUCAAAUGUUUCAAGGAUGAAACUCAAGGAAUCGAUCUUCAAAAAUGCAGCCGCUGUCGGAGUGUUUCCUACUGUGGAUCAGCCUGUCAGAAAGCCGAUUGGCCACGACAUAAGACCUUGUGCAAAGGUCUUCACGACCUACUAGAGCAUACUACUUCUCCUAUCCAAUACUCGGCGUUAUUCGAAUUACAAUCUUCAAUCGAUGACACAAAAGCCCUUAACAACGUUAUCGGUAUUUGCGUGCGCAACGACAUCGCAGCCAUUGAAGGGCUCAUUGGGCGGCCACUCGACGUCAUCGAGCGAAAUGUUUUUGCUUGGGAACCUCGCUGCUCAGCAUGCGGAAGAACGGAUCGUAUUAGUCACAUCGAGACUAAGGGCACCUCCGACACGCUAAUUACGGGUCCCCUCCGAGCUUGUUCUGGUUGUCGAAUGUGUUUUUUUUGUUGUGAUGGCCACUGGAGCGCUGUCAGAAAUCGCCACACUGCUAUACCUUCUGAAGAUGGCCACGACGGACUUACACAGUGUCAGCUGAAUCAGGAAAUUCGUGAGGACAUCAGGCUUGCCAACCUCAUCACCGGUGCACCCACUCCAACUGGCCAGUUCCAAUGGGCACCUGAACGCGUGAAGUCGGCAUGGUCUUCCUUGAAACAUCUGACCUGGCAAAGCGAUUUCGACCCUGAAGUCAGGUCAGCCUUUCAACUACCAUCCGAUGCUAAUGUUGGGCCGUAUGUGCGAGCUGCCUCAGAUGGCCUCUCUAUGCCCAUGACCAUAUUGUGGGCACUCGAGAAUUUGAAUGAGGAUGAAACAUGGACUCAGAAGAAGAUUUUAAAUAUUCACCUUCUUGGUGCUGAACAACAAGAAAUUAUGAAUGCACAGUUGUUUGAAGAGAUACUUCACCGUCUUCCCCUAGUCAAUUCGAUCCAUCUCGUCUUAUGUGGACCCGACGUGGCCAACUUGGUUACUAGUCGGGAACAAGGUAAAGUUGUUGAAAUGGAGACGUGCAGGGAUUGCCAAAGGAAGGGGCGGAGGCGGGUAUCUGAGCACUACGCCAAAACAUAUCAUGCUUAUGCCUUGAGCGAUCGCUUUGUUCCUCCGGAUCUCGCUGUUGCAUUUAACUCAGGGUCAUCUGAGGAGGAUGUGGCUUCAUGGAGACAAACGAUGAAAGUCUUGAUCCAACGCAAAAUUCCGAGCGUCUUCACUGCUUACAAUCGUGUGGAGGCAGAGGCGGAGGCUAAUAUUUUGCGUGACGCGGGAGCUCAAUUGAUAUCUGCCCUGGGUCCAGUAAAAAAUCCAUGGGGCAGUAUUCUUGUGAAAACGGAGCCUAAUGCCGUCACUGGGUUUUAUGCAGUCAAUGGAUGGCUUGCUGGAGGGUUUAAAUAA